CCGCCCCCGGCCCCGCGCCGGCCGAGCCGUCCGCGGCGGAGGUGGCGGGAGAGCGCGCCUCGGAGCGGCUGGGAGCGCCCGGGCCCCCCGUCCUGCCGCCCCGGAGCCCCGCGCCGCGCCCCGAGGCCGCCCGCGCCGUCCGUGCGCCCCCCGAGCCCCCCGCCGUCCAGGGCGUCCCCCAGCCCAGCCCCGCCGGCCCGGGAUGGCCGCAGCCCGCGGCUGAGCGAGCCCGGAGGGGGGUCCAUGGCCCGGCCCGCGCCGCGCCCCCCCGGCGGCCGCCCCCUCAGGCCCGGGCCCCCCCAGGCGCCUCGGGCCCCGGCGGCCCGGAUGGCGGCGGCGGCGGCAGGGGCCGGGGCCGGGGCCGGCGCGGGCGGCAGGCGCGGCCACCUCUGACGGGUAGUCGGGCGCCCCAGCAGGCCGAGGAUGCAGCGCUGGAAGGCAGCAGCCUUGGCCUCGGUGCUCUGCAGCUCCGUGCUCUCCAUCUGGAUGUGUCGGGACGGCCUACUCCUCAGCCACCGCCUCGGACCCGCGUUAGCCCCGCUGCGCCGGCCACCUCGAACCCUGGACGCCCGCAUCGCCCGCCUGGCCCAGUACCGUGCACUGCUGCAGGGCGCCCCGGACGCCGUGGAACUGCGCGAGCUGACGCCCUGGGCGGGGCGGUCCCCCAGCGCGCGCCGUCGGACUGGGCCCCGGCGGCGGCGCGCGCGUGCGCGGUCGGGGUCGCGGCCAUGCGGGCUGCGCGAGCUCGAGGUGCGCGUGAGCGAGCUGGGCCUCGGCUACACGUCCGAGGAGACGGUGCUGUUCCGCUACUGCGCAGGCGCGUGCGAGGCGGCCACGCGCGUCUACGACCUGGGCUUGCGGCGCCUGCGCCAGCGGCGGCGCGUGCGGCGGGAGAGGAUUCGCGCGCAGCCCUGCUGCCGCCCGACGGCCUACGAGGACGAGGUGUCUUUUCUGGACACGAACAGCCGCUACCACACGGUGCACGAGCUGUCGGCGCGAGAGUGUGCCUGCGUGUGACCCUACCUCACCGGUCCCGGCCGGACAGCGCCCACGGCUCCAGCCGUCAUACCUCGCGACGGGCUGCCCAUGCGCAGACGAUGCCGUCGAGGUUUCGGGACUCUCGCGAUAACUGUACAGAGAUAAAGUGUGGAAAG